AUGAGGCGAGGGCCCGAGUUCGGCGCACCAAUAGCCGCACGCGGCGCCCUACCGCCGACUGCGCGCGCACGCCGCGGGCGCGCCCAUUGGCUGGUGGCAAGCCACGCCCCCGGCGGCCCAGUGCCCGACUGCCGACGAGCGCUAGCCGGUCAGACGCCGUCGGAGCCGCGGCGCGAGCGGAUGGUGCCCGAGGCACUGAGUCGCCGCUCAGCGUCCGCGGGCAUGCCGCGCGGCUUCCUGGUUCGCAGGCACGACCACGGCCAGCUGCAGCCGCAGAGGCCGUCGGCCAUGGACGACGUCGCCGUGUACGGCUUCUCGCCGCUCAGUUCGUUGGUGGAACGGCUCGGCUUCGAGCACCGGCCGCCGCCCUACUACCUGGCCGCAUACUCGGAGCCGCUGGUCGUAACGCCGACGCCGCUCGACCUCUCUCUCAAGCCGGCGCCGACGCCAAUCACGCCACCGUCCACGCCGUCGCCUAGCUCGCCAGUGCGCAAGAGGCUACACUCGGACGACGCGCCGAAACAGCAGCAGCAGCAGUCGACGCCGAGCAAGGCCAAGACUGCGCCGGCGACGCCGAAGAAGACGAAGGCGGUGCGCCGGCUCACCUUCGACGAGGACAAGACGUCUCCCGUGUCGGGCACCAUCAUCCGCGAGCUGCGCGACGACGAGGCGCCGUUGGUGGUGCGCAAGGGCGACAUCGACCCCGCCUUCAACGUGGUCGAGAUCACCGAGGAGGCCAAGGCGGAGCUGGCCAAGAUCGAGAACCGCAUCGGCGACUACAUCUGCCGGCUGUGCCGCGAGAUGUACGAAGACGCAUUCGGGCUGGCACAGCACCGCUGCUCGCGCAUCGUGCACGUCGAGUACCGCUGCCCCGAGUGCGACAAGGUGUUCAACUGCCCCGCCAACCUGGCGUCGCACCGCCGCUGGCACAAGCCGCGGCCGGCGGGCGGCGCCGUCGACCUGGUGGUCAAGAAGCCGGCGUCCGGCCCCGCCUCCUCGGAGGACGCCGGUGAGGACGGGGGCGACGUCUUCCCGUGCCCCGCCUGCCAGAAGCGCUUCCGCCGCCAGGCCUACCUGCGCAAACACCUCGCCACGCACGAGCCGACGGCCUCCGCCCCCGCGCCAUUUUAUGCAUGA